UUGCACUUGUCUCAGCUCGAGCUGUUUGCAGCAUGCAGAGUGAGAUGCCACAGAGAUUGCUGUUUAGCAGCUCCACGACGUCCUACAUUGGCCUCUGGCAACUAGGAUGGCAGCGUGCAGCCCCAAAUUCUGCCUCCAGCAGAUUUUCCAAGAGGAACAGUUGGAGCACUUUCUCCCAGAUCACACCAUGGACCCAGGGAUUCUAGCUGAGAAGAGCUACUUAGAACUGCUGCAAAGUGAGGUCGACCCUUCACUCCUGUAUAAGAACAUUGAAGAGGCAGCUGAGCUUCCCACAGCUGAUCAAUCUGCUGACAUAAUCAAUGAGGAUCAAGACAACAACCCAGAUGUCUUUUACACCGUGGAAAGUGACGAGAGCGGGGAAGAGGUUUGCCGGUGGUCCAAUACAGGAGAGGCCUAUGAUAAAAUCGCUGCAUUGGCUGAAUACUUACUGAAAGACAAGCAAGAAGAACCAGUGGAGGAACUUUUUGGCAGCCUCACUUCAGAUGACACAGUUGCUGAAUGCCUUCAAGGCUGCAUAGAGGCAAAGAGGAGGUGCAGCUGUUCAGAUGCUCCAGAACUCAAGCGCAGGAAACUCGCGCAUUCGGCCGCUCUGUGUGUCGUGAACGGCAACUCCAUUGCCAUCCCGCUGGACAGUUCUCCGGCAGCCUCCGUGAUCUCCCAGUCCAACUUCCAUGUGGAGUUUUCUGUGACCACCAUAAGCCCUGUGGGAAGAUCUCCGAAAGCCUUCGGGCUGCCUUCAGGGGUGAACCUGGGCUAUUGCCUCCCCAUCAUGGAAGAUCUUCAGGUGGUCUUUGCCUUUGACCCUGUUAAUUUGCCUGCAGGAGAGGCUGGCACUAACGUCUGCCCAGGCGAAGGGGCAACUGAGAAAGAACCUGGUUCCAACCCAGUUCGCAAAAGGCCAGCCCAGUCCCGGUUUCUGGAGAGUUCUUUCCUCGCUUCAUGGCCGGCUACGUCAACCGCCCAAUGUCUUCCCUUCCUUCCAGAGCCCGUGGACACCUUCUGCAGGAGGCUGAGAAGCCACUUCCGGGGCACGUGCCACGUGGUGCCCAUGGAGCGAGAGCUGCCCUUGCAGCGCCUGUACAUUGACGGCGAGCUGACGCAGUGUCCCGCGGAGGGUAAGAGCGGGAGAAAUGCCAACCUGAGGCUCUGUGGCCUCGAGGACAAGUGGAGGGCCGGCGUGGCAAGGAGCGAGCUGCUCCAGGUGCCAGGGAGGAGCGAGCUGGGAAGCAAAGUCCUCGUGGUCUUGGGAAAAGCUGGCAUGGGGAAGAGCCUCCUGGUCCGAAAGAUCUGCCUGGACUGGUCCGAGGGCAAGUGGCCCGGUUAUGACUUUGUCUUCCGAUUUGAUUGCCGGAGCUUGGGCCUCCUCCGCGACCAUCGUCUCUACAGCCUCAGGCACCUGCUGUUUGAGCUCUCUGAUGGACCUGGAGAGGGGGGUGACCAAGUCUACAGGUCCAUACUGCGGAACCCGGAAAGGGUCCUCCUGGCUUUCGACGGCUUCGAAGAGCUGAUGGAUCGAGACGGCUUCCUGCCUUGUUCGGACAGCCCGCUCCGCGGGGAGCCUUCGGGCCUGGGAGCCGUCUUGACCGGUCUCUUCCAGAAGAAAGUCCUCAGCGGCUGCACGGUGUUACUCACCGCACGGCCCAAGGACAAGCUGCACCAGUAUUUGCCCCAGGUGGACACGGUCCUGGAGGUAACGGGGUUUUCCACUCAGCAAGCGGAAUUGUACCUCGCUCGAUAUUUUGAAGGCUCCCCCGGGGGCGACGAGGUGGUGAACGUGGUCCGGGGCUCUCCCUAUCUGCUCAGCCAUUGUUGCAAUCCCGACCUGUGUCGGUUCGUCUGCGAGUCAAUAUUUGAAACGGGAGCCAAGGAUUUGCCUCCCACCCUCACCGGCCUCUUUGUGAAGUUCCUGCUCCGAAAACUGGCGUGUUCAACCAAGAAAGAAGCUGCACCCUUGCACCGGAAUAUGGCCGCCUUAGCCCGGGUAGCCUGGAGCCUCACGCAAAGUCACCGGAACGCGUUCACGAGCGAUCAUUUCCCUUCCGCGGAAGUGAAGGACUUUGCCCUCGAAUACGGCCUGGUGCUGCCUUCCGCCUUCCCCCGAAACGCAAGCGGCGGGACGGCGGGGUGCGGGUACGCGUUCUCCAGCUUCGUCGCCCAGAACUUCUUGGUCGCGCUGCAUUUGGUCCUGGCCAAAGAGAUCAAGAACAAAGGACUCACCAAACACCUCCGCUUGCUCUCCAGGUCCAAGAAGUUCCUCUCUUCCUGGGACUUGGUCCCUCGCUUCUUGUCCGGCUUGCUGUUCUUAGAUGAUGACCUCAGCGGUUCUCUCCUCUUUGGCGAGGAAGCGGAGCUGGACACGGAGAAGAUGAUUAGCAAGAAGCAGAAAAGCCUCUCGAGAUACGUCCGGAAACUGGCCGUCGGAGCUUUGGGCCCGGACAAGUUGCUGGAGCUUCUUCACUGCAUCCACGAAAUGGAAAACCCGUACCUUUUGCAGCAUUUGGCACUGGAGCUCAAGCCCGGCCUGUCUUUCUUGGGCUUCCCGCUCACCCCCUCUGACGUCUGCGUCCUGCACUCUGCCUUAAGGAGGUCCACAAAGGCGUUCACCUUAGACCUGAGAGGGAGCUCCGUCGACUCAGAAGGACUCGGACGGCUGGUCGGCUUGAGGAACGUGGCCACGUUCAGGGCGUCUCUCAGCGACGCUGUCCGGCUCUGGAAGCACUUGUGGGAAACCGAGGCAGGAGAGCUGCUGCAGUCAGCCAUUGAGAAGUUUAUCGUUGCGCCGUUCAAAGCCAAGACGAUCAAGGACGUGGAGGACCUCUCUGCUCUCGUGCGCUUGCAGGAAAACAUGAGCCAAGGCCAGGCGGAUCCGUCUGGCUGCAACAUCCACCUCAUUCCGGCCGUCGCAGAUCUCCGACAACUUGAAUUCUCAUUGGGGCCCGUUUGCGGCUUGAAGGGCUUCCGCGCGUUGGUUGAAAUUCUGGACGCGUUUCCAGCUCUUCAGCAUCUAGACUUGGAUUCUCCAAACGAAAACGAAAUCGGAGAUGAAGGAGUUCUGAGCCUCAGCAAAGUCCUUCCUCGGUUGGCCUCCCUGGAAACGUUAAACUUGUCACGGAACAAGAUAACCAACCUGGGUGCAGCGGAAUUAGCCAGGGCACUGCCAGCUUUACCUUCCUUGAAGACUCUUAGCUUGUACAAUAACAACAUUGGGGAUGCCGGAGCAGAAAGUUUUGCCAAAAUUCUCCCCCAGGUGACCUCUUUGAGGGUGUUGGACAUACAUUGCAACAAGAUAACGGCCGCGGGAGCCCAGCAUCUGACAGACAGCUUGAGGAAAUGCCCCCACAUUCAGAGUGUGGCAUUGUGGAACCCCACCAUUCCCCACUAUUCCCUGGAUCACCUGCAGCAGUUGGACUCGCGAAUAAGGUUGCUCUAGAUCCGGCAGCCCCAAUGAACAAUAUAAGGUUGGGAUUUGGGUUUCCCUGAGCUGUGAAUCAAGAACUGGCCCGCGUCGCUUUGGUGCUUCGUGAACGAAGAAGGAAAUCUACAACAGUUGACAGCAGGCAUCCAUUCAGCCCUUCUGAACUGGAUCCAUAGUACAGCUUCACGGUUUGGAGGAUGAAUGAGCUGUGCAAAACACCAUCCAAUGUUGAACUGCAGCCCAACUCAUCCAACACAGUCUUAUGACGAUUAGCAAACUCUGGAAGGGUACAGUGCAGCAGCGCUGAUGGCUCCAAUGUCCGUAGGGCAGUGAAUCCGCUCCGGGUCCCAGUCAGAACUCUAAAGGAACUAUCAAAGGUGUUGCUGCACCUAGGGGAGCUCCUUUAGAGUUCUGACUGAAACCCGGAGCAAAUUCAGUGCCCCACUGACAUCGGAGUCACCAGCCUCAACUGGUACGUGGUUUUUGUUGUUGUUAUUGUUGUUUGUUUUGUAUAUAUCAGGGUUGGGUGUUGUUGUUUUACUGUAGAUCCCCACCCUGCCCAUAAGAGUCAA